GCCUUCCCAAACGGGCAUUUGGAGAGGAGAAGAGGCAGAAAGAAUCCGCAUCUCUACGUUCACCGUCGCCAUCCAGCGCUGAUCCCGUUUCCAUCGCCAUUGGAGGGGCUCUCCAACUGCGCGGGGGGACAUGCUCCAUCACGUCUGCGCAGUCGCCGUGAACGCCUGCCUGGACGCAGGAGAGGAUUAGGUUACCGUUGCCUGCAGGGGGAUUAUUUGAUUGGCCUCCUGUUACAGUCGCGGCUUUUUGUGAUCUUUCUUUUUCAAUUAAGAGAAACAAACAGCCAUGUCGUUCCGGAGAGGAGUGGUCAGGCAGAGCAAGUUCCGGCACGUCUUCGCACAGGCCUGGAAGUCCGAGCACUGCAUCGACGACGUGAGGGUGUCCCGGGUGACGUGGGAUGGCCCCCUUUGCGCCGUCAACCCCAAAUUCAUUGCGGUUAUAAUUGAAGCAGGAGGAGGAGGGGCCUUCCUUGUAGUUCCGAUUAGCAAGAGUGGCAGAAUUGACCAGUCCUGCCCUACGGUCUGUGGACAUGCAGCGCCAGUACUGGAUAUCCAGUGGUGUCCUCACGAUGACAACAUCAUUGCAAGUGCCUCAGAAGACUGCACAGUCAAGGUGUGGCAGAUCCCAGAUGGUGGGCUGACAGCCCCCAUGACUGACGCCAUUUUGACUCUGGAGGGACACAGUAAAAGAGUGGGAAUCUUGGCUUGGCACCCAAGUGCCUACAACAUCCUAUUAACUGCAGGCUGUGACAACACCAUCUGUGUGUGGAACGUGGGCACAGGGGAGCUGGUGUACCAGCUCAGCGAGUCCCACCCCGACCUGAUCUACAGCGUGAGCUGGAACAAAGAUGGCAGUGCCGUCUGCACCGUGUGCAAGGACAAGGCCCUGCGCAUCAUUGACCCGCGGAGAGGCAUCGUCCUUAAGGUGCGAGAGAAGGUCCACGAGGGUACGAGGCCCAUGAGGGCCGUUUUCCUGGCCGAUGGAAAGAUCCUAACCACGGGUUUCAGUCGCAUGAGUGAAAGGCAGCUAGCUCUGUGGGAUACAAAAGACUUGUCGGAGCCAGUUGUUGUACAGGAAAUGGACACGAGUAACGGAGUUCUGUUACCCUUCUACGAUCCGGACACAAACAUGGUCUACCUGUGUGGAAAGGGAGACUGCACCAUCCGCUAUUUUGAAGUGACAGAUGAGUCCCCGUACGUGCACUUCCUCAGUUUAUACAGCAGCAAAGAGCCACAGAGAGGUGCUGGUUUCCUUUGUAAAAGAGGCGUGGAGGUCAACAAAUGUGAAAUAGCCCGGUUCUAUAAACUACAUGAAAGAAAGGUGGAACCUAUUUCUAUGACUGUGCCACGAAAAUCAGAUCUGUUUCAGGUAGACCUUUACCCGGACACAGCGGGCUUGGAGCCAGCCCUGCUGGCUGAGGAAUGGAUCGCCGGGCAGGAUGCACCACCGCUCCUGGUGUCUCUGAGCGGUGGCUACACCGCCCCUCCAUCCAAGCAAAGAGACACCCUCAGAGGCAAGCCCAAACUGGAUUCUCAGGACUCGGGGAGCACCCCAACCUCAGCAGGGAACGCAGCAACACACACAUCUACACCUACCUCCGCCACCAGGGAGAUGGAUGAGGAAGCAGCACCGCAGCAAGUGACCCCAAGGGAGACGGACGGAAACGCAGACAGGCCCAGAAGAGAGGAUGACAUGCUGACAGAGUUGUUGGCAGAAAUGAAGGCUUUGCGAGCUGUUGUCCUCGCUCAGAACCAGAGGAUCGAGUUGCUGGAGAGGCAGCUCGCCCGGAUCGAAGAUGGAGAUGUAUGAGGUGGCAAGACAUUCACCAUAUUGUGAACAGCAUCUCUCUUUUUUUUAACUAACCUCUAGACCGUAGCCUUAGAGUCAAGAGUACCUUAAGCUGUGCGGGUGGAAGCCACUGACGGUGGUUAGUGAACGAAUGGUUUUUAACCAGGUCAAUGUUUUUUGUAGCUUAAAAAUGGUCAAAUCUAAAGCAGGUUACUCUUAUAUAAAAAAAAUAAAGACAUGGCAACAUUUUUUUAUAAGUCUUUCCAAAACCAUGCUGUAACUUUGACUCACAGAGGCUCUGCUUCAAUGCAAAAACAGAAAAUUUCUCAGUCAUUUCUAAUCUUUUAGGGCUAUUUAACCAGGUAGUUGGAGCUGCUAAACUGUCGUAAUAACACUAAACAUGUGACUCGUUGUGUGACUUGUGCUGUUUUACCCUUCUUUACAUUGUUCCGAGUCUGUUGUCGCACAAAGGAUUAGAACUGUGAUCCGAAUGUAGCUGUGUAUUUUAUUUUUGUGUGUUGGUGCAGCCUUGUCUUUUACUUUUCUUCCAAGCUUUCACAAAGAAUUUCAUUUCCUUCAACAUAAAAAACAGUAUUACAAAACAAAAUAAACUCUUAGAGAAAUCAUAGUUUAUGCAACAUGCAGGACACGUAAAAAGAAAAUGUCACAGUAGUGCAGGGCAUAAAAAAAACUGGAUUUAUUCAAAGUGUCUGCAGUUGUGUGAAAGAGGAAGUUGCAGUGAGAGAUGGCUUUGGUUUUAUUUUUAUUUUGGUUUGAAUUCAUGUUGGAAAGCACUUCUAUUUGUUUUUUAAUUUUGUAUUUUGACUUCACAUUUAGUAGCACUAACAAGUAACUCAUGUCACAAUGGGUUUUAGCAAAAUGGUACGUUCCAAUUGUUUGUGUGUGUGUGUCUGUGUGUAUGCGCUGACUUCUUGACACUAAUGAAAAAUCUGUAGCGGGACUGCAUUGUGACAACUUAAUAAAUAAUAAUCCCAAACUUUG